GUGAGAACCGAGCAGAUAACCAUCAUUCAAGUGGUGACGCGAGUAAAGCGCGGUCGAAAUUUUCGACUCACUUUUCGCGGCUUCUACAUAAAUAGCGGUUUUUCGAUUUGCAAUUUCAUUUAGUUUGUGGCAAUUAAAAGUGGUGCUACUGCCAAAAUAACACACAAAAAGGUAAUUUUCACCGUGUUCAUGAACAUUGAACUGCUGUCUUCGCGAAAGCCUUGAUUUAUUCUCGAUUGACAUGGUGUGUGCGUAUCGUGACUUUUCGUUCGUUAUCUGUAAUUGUAGGGAUUUUUGCGAAUGGGUUUGAGUUUGCGCAGUUCCUGGUAAAAAAUGGCUGCAAGCACUAUGGAUAAAUUUUGUGGCUCCGAAUUUUGGAAUUCGACGCUGACAUGGCACACGAACGAUCCAGACCUGACAAAAUGUUUCGAACGGACAGUCCUAGUGUGGGUUCCUUGUGCGUUUCUGUGGACUUUUUCUAGUUUAGAAGUUUAUUACAUUUUGCACAGCAAGAGGAGGGAUAUACCCUGGAAUUGGUUAAAUGUGUCCAAGUUACUGGGAACUGCUGUUCUUUUUGUGUUAACGGUUACUGAUUUAGUGACAGCAGUUAAUUCGGCAAGCUCGAGUGAAAGUGAUGUGUAUAAAGUGGAUAUCUACACACCAGUCAUUAAACUGCUUUCUUUUGGUCUGUCAGCAGUACUUUUAGUGUAUAACCGUAAAUAUGGCCUCUGUACUUCGGGAUUACAGUUCUUAUUUUGGCUUUCAUUGGCGAUUUGUGGGGCCUUUCAAUACAGAACUGAGCUCAGAGGCUCGCAGGAAGAAAUUCCGGAGUCUCGUUAUUCCUACAUUAGUUACUUAAUUUAUUACCCAGUGGUCUUAGUAAUGUUAUUUUUAAAUUGUUUUGCUGAUCGGUCUCCACGACGUAGCGAAUAUCCAAAACUAAAGAAUCCUUGUCCAGAGGAAAAUAGUAGUUUUCUUUCUCGGUUGCUAUUUUCCUGGUUUGAUUCUCUCGCGUGGAGGGGUUUUAGGCGGCCUUUGGUCGACAGCGACCUUUGGGACAUGAAACCCGAAGACUCAGCAUCAGAGGUUGUGCCAACGUUCGAGAAACACUGGAAGAGAAUCUUACAAAAGUGCGAAAGCAACUCUCCUACUCGUCAAACUCGUGCUUCUUAUAAACUUGACUCAGCACGUGUGGAUAUUGUCAACAGCUCGACCAAGAAGCAAGCGUCGAUCCUGCCGGCUCUAGUUAAAGCUUUCGGACCUACUUUCAUAUUCGGUGCCUUACUUAAACUCAUCCAAGAUCUGCUUACGUUCGUCAGUCCCCACAUUUUGAAUCUACUUAUCCAGUUCGUGAAAAACAAUGAGGAGCAAUGGAAGGGUUUCCUGUACGCUGGUGCCCUAUUUGUCACCGCGACGAUCCAAACAAUCGUCCUUUCGCAGUAUUUCAACCGAAUGUUCGUCGUGGGAAUGCGGAUUCGGACGGCUUUGGUGUCAGCGAUUUACAAAAAGGCCCUCCGAGUGUCGAAUAAAGCUCGCAAGGAGAGCACCGUUGGCGAAAUCGUUAAUCUGAUGUCGGUGGAUGCACAAAAAUUCAUCGACUUGACCGCUUACAUCAACAUGAUCUGGUCGGCGCCGCUGCAGAUUAUUCUCGCCCUGUACUUCUUGUGGAACAUCCUGGGGCCCGCGGUGUUGGCCGGAUUGGCCGUCAUGAUCAUUUUAAUCCCGGUUAACGGGUACAUAGCUAAUAAAGUCAAGGUGUUGCAAAUCAAGCAGAUGAAAAAUAAAGACGAGAGGGUGAAAUUAAUGAACGAAGUCUUAAGCGGAAUCAAAGUACUUAAAUUAUACGCCUGGGAACCCAGUUUUGAGAAACAAAUUUUGAAAAUCAGGACGAAGGAAAUACAGGUUUUGAAAGAGGCGGCGUACAUGAACGCCGGCACGUCGUUUAUUUGGUCAUGUGCCCCCUUUUUGGUAUCACUAGUCUCUUUCGGUACAUAUGUUAUGGUGGACGAACAUAACAUUCUAGAUGCGAGUAAGGCCUUUGUCUCUGUUUCUCUCUUCAAUAUACUAAGGUUUCCGCUGAGCAUGUUGCCAAUGAUGAUAUCAAACCUGGUUCAAGCCAUGGUUUCGAUUCAGAGAAUUAACAAAUUUAUGAAUGCGGAGGAAUUAGAUCCGACAAGUGUCACACACGACUCGAACGAAAGCGCACCUCUGGUGAUCGAAAACGGUUGUUUCAACUGGGACGAGGAGCAAGUCCUCAAAAACAUCAACAUUCGAAUUGAGAAAAAGUCUCUCUGUGCUGUGGUCGGUUCAGUCGGUUCGGGCAAAAGCAGUCUUCUUUCUGCCUUCCUGGGCGAGAUGGACAAAACCUCCGGCCGGGUCAACACAGUAGGGACUAUAGCCUACGUGUCCCAGCAAGCGUGGAUCCAGAACGCCACUCUGCGAGACAACAUUUUAUUCGGAAAGUCGUUCGAUAAGUCGUUGUACGACAAAGUGGUCGAGGCGUGCGCCCUCAACCCGGACUUUGCGAUGCUCCCGGCUGGGGACCAGACGGAAAUCGGCGAAAAGGGCAUAAACCUGUCCGGGGGACAGAAACAAAGAGUCAGUCUCGCACGUGCCGUUUAUGCAAACUCCGACAUUUACUUCCUGGAUGAUCCUCUGAGCGCCGUGGACAGCCACGUCGGCAAACACAUUUUCGACAAAGUGAUCGGUCCAGAGGGGCUUUUGAGACACAAGACGCGCGUUUUGGUCACGCACGGAAUCACGUAUUUGCCCCAAACCGACAAAAUCAUCGUGCUGAAGGACGGGGAAGUGUCCGAAGGGGGCACGUACCAGGAACUGCUCGACAAGAAAGGGGCCUUUUCGGAGUUUCUCUUGCAGCACAUCAAUGAGGUUGAGGAGGAUGAAGAGGAGCUGGACGUGCUCAAGUCGCAACUUAGCGGAACUGCGGUCUCGGAGGAGAUUAAUAAAAAAUUGUCGAGGCACAGGUCGCGCGUUUCGGAGUCGGUGUCUGAGACAGGGUCGGACCAGACGAGUCUGUCGCUGCAGAGGCAAAAAUCGGUCGAAAGCGCUGAUAAGAGUUUGAGGCACCGCUCGAGCUCUGUGGAGGAGGCGAAGAAGGUCAAGGGCGAAAAGUUGAUAGAGGUUGAAAAGGCCGAAACGGGGAGUGUCAAAUGGAUUGUCUAUAAGCACUACCUAAAGUCAAUCGGGGUUUUUCUGACCGUGGCCACGAUUUUGCUGAAUAUGUUGUUCCAAGGGUUUAGUAUUGGGUCAAACGUUUGGUUGGGUGUGUGGGCCGAUGAUGACACGGUCGUUGUGGAUAAUGUGACGGAUACGGGGAAGCGAGACUUCUAUCUCGGCAUUUACGGGGCCUUAGGCAUCGGCCAAGCUGUUGCCACUUUGUUAUCGGCGUUGUCGUUGUAUAUAGGAGCGGUGAACGGAGCUCAGUUACUCCACCAUUUGCUACUGUCCAACAUUUUGCGAGUUCCUUGUACGACUUUUUUCGAUGUAACUCCGGUUGGACGCAUUCUAAAUCGGUUUUCCAAAGACGUCGAUACUUUGGAUAACAUAUUACCAAUGACUCUCAGAGGAUGGAUCACUUGCUUUUUUUCGGUUUUGGGUACUUUAGUCGUGAUCAGUGUCUCGACACCAAUCUUUAUCGCAGUUAUAGUGCCAAUAGGAAUUUUGUAUUACUUUAUUCAAAGAUUUUACGUUGCAACGUCACGUCAAUUAAAACGGUUAGAGUCGGUGUCUCGAUCUCCGAUUUACUCGCAUUUCGGGGAAACCAUCACAGGGGUUCAAGCGAUUAGAGCUUUCAGAGAACAGGACCGGUUUAUUAAAGAAUCGGAGCACCGAGUUGACGUUAAUCAAGUCUGCUAUUACCCGAGUAUCAUCUCAAAUCGAUGGCUAGCCGUCCGCCUUGAAAUGAUCGGCAAUUUAAUCAUUUUCUUUGCGGCUUUAUUCUCGGUUUUGGGGCGAGAUGAGUCGCAAAAUGCCGGAUUGGUCGGACUCUCAGUCACAUAUUCGCUUCAGAUAACGCAAACUUUGAAUUGGUUGGUCCGAAUGACCUCCGACGUUGAAACCAACAUCGUGGCCGUGGAACGUAUCAAGGAAUACGGGGAGGCGCCCCAGGAAGCCCCCUGGGAGAUCCCCAACAAAGCCCCUUCGCCACAAUGGCCUGAAAACGGCACAGUCCAGUUUAACAAAUACGCCGUGAGGUACAGGCCGGGCCUGGAUUUGGUCCUCAAAGGCGUCAAUUUUAGCAUAAAUGGGGGCGAGAAAGUGGGAAUUGUGGGUCGGACAGGUGCCGGAAAGUCGAGUCUCACCCUGGCCUUGUUCAGGAUAAUCGAAGCCGCCGAGGGAGAAAUUCUGAUCGAUGGCGUGAACAUCGCCGACCUGGGGCUGCACACGUUGCGCUCGCGGCUCACCAUCAUCCCCCAGGACGCAGUUUUGUUUUCAGGAACGCUGCGGAUGAACCUGGACCCGUUCGAUAAGCACAGCGAUGAGGAGGUGUGGAAGGCGCUGGAGCACGCUCACUUGAAGUCGUUUGUGAAAGGCCUCACGGCCGGGCUGCACCACGAGGUGACCGAGGGCGGCGAGAACCUGUCCGUGGGCCAGCGCCAGCUGAUUUGCCUGAGCCGGGCGUUGCUGCGCAAGACGAAAGUGCUGAUUUUGGAUGAGGCUACGGCCGCUGUCGACUUGGAAACCGACGAUCUGAUCCAGAAAACGAUCCGAUCCGAGUUCAAAAACUGCACGGUUUUGACGAUCGCGCAUCGGUUGAACACGAUCAUGGACUCGGAUCGAGUCGUGGUGCUAGAUAACGGCAGGAUAGUCGAAUUUGAUUCGCCUUCGAAUCUACUCAAGCAGCAACAAUCAAUAUUUUAUAGUAUGUGCAAAGAUGCAGGGUUAGUUUGAAUCGACAAACUAUGUAAAUAAAGUUCAGUUUUUGUGUCACUUUUAACUCUUAAUUGAUGUGUUCAGUCAAUGAAUCAAUUUGGUGGGAUAGGUUUGAAAUUUUCUGUUUGAUGUUUGUUGCAGUGUAUUGUUGGAACCUUUUUUGUUAUUUAGUUUUUGGUGCCUAAAAUUUAUUUAGAUUUUUCUAUUUUUGUACUUAGUUUAUUUUAUUAUUACACUUGCCUUAUGAUGUGAAUUUAAACUUUGAAGAAUUGUGAUCUUGUUAAUAAUUAAGAACAAAGUUUUGCAAUUAUUAUUGCCACUAUUAGAAUGUUACUUGUAGUAUCAUUUAUCCUGCAGUACUUACAGUAUUUCCCCCCAGUUAUGUCAAAACUGUUCAAGUUUUAUUAUAUCCAAUAUUCAAUAUUUUUAAUCUUGUAAUUGUACUGUAACUUUUUAUAAAUAGAAAUAAUGUUAAUAAA